AUGCCUGGCUUUGCGGACUCGUUCUGGACGCCCGACUAUGCUACGGGUCUCGGCGUCUUGUAUGGGAAGUUGCAGCAGGGAGUGGUGGAGAAUAAGCAGAUCUUGAUGAUCGCAUCUAUGCGGGCAGAUGCCGAGGAACAGUACGGUCUUCGCAUGGGAGACAUCGCGCCAAGCGUGGAUCGGCUGUCUGCUGCAGGUUUCGGCAAAGAUGACGGUGCGAGUGUGAGAAAGGCAUACGAAGGUGUCCGAACUGAGAUGGUUGAGGCCUCUCGGAAUCAUCAGAAGAUCGCCAACAAUAUUCGCGAACUUGUCGUGGCUCCAUUCCGCCGUUGGGGUGACCAGCAUGAAUAUCGGGUCCAGACGUCUCAUGACAACCUCCAGGCGCGGAUCAAGGAACAUGCGAAACAGGUUGAAUUGGUCAAGAAGCUUCGCAGCACUUAUUUCAACAAGUGUCGGGUGGUAGAGGAUUUGGAGGAAGAGAACAAGCUUGCUUUCCAGGAUCCAGAGACAAGUCCUAAGGUUAAGCCGACGCCGAAGAUUGUCCUUCCCACCGAGGAGGAGCCCGAGGAGGAGGAGCCGGUUGAAUUGGGAGAUCGCGUCUACUCUCCGGAGGAUAUCAAGAAGAUUCUGCUGCAUAUGCUGAACAACAUCAGGAUUGGUGAGGCCAGGGUGCCUAUCAUUGGUACAUACCAGAAUGUCUCGACCGGUGCGGAUAUCGUGGAGUAUGUUCAGAGAUACAUGGAGGCCUCUAGCCUGGCUCAGGCAGAACGCAUCGGACAGGAUCUUGUGGACGGGGGCUUCUUGCGCUUGGUCGGAAACAUGGGUAGUGUUUUCGCCAACAGCUCAAAGAUGAACUACCAAUGGCGCUCCAGGGUCUUCCAACUCACUGGCAUUCCUGAGAAGAAGAAGGCUCUGAUGCGAGUCACCUCUGCGGCCUCUUCCAGCGAAGACGGAGUUGAUUCUCCAAUUUCGGCCGUCUCGGAGAUGAUUGCUGGCUGGAAUCCCCUCAACAACCCUUACCCGAAUGAGACUCCGGCAGAGAAGCUACGGAGAGAGGCUUUGGAGGCCGAUGAACGGUACAAGGCUGGCGUGCGAAAGCUCGAUCAGAUUCGAUGCCGCCUCGAGGAAGACGUCAUUGACAACUUGCGCUUUAUGGAGCAGUGCGAGUUAGACCGUCUCAAGGCCAUUAAGGCUGUGGUCCUUGACUUUUCUGGUGCCAUUAGCAACGUCAUUCCCAAUCUUCAGAGCACCGUCGAUCAUAUGAUGCUGUAUCAGGAAACGAUUCAGCCGCUGGGAGAUUUAAGAUAUCUCCUGGAGAACUACCGUACCGGAGGGUUUGUCCCCCGGGUACAGGCCUACGAAAAUUACUAUGGAUCAGUUGAAGAACAAAAUUUCGGCGUUGAUCUUGAAGCUAGAGCUCGAGUGGACCGCAAGCGUGUCCCAGUUUUGGUGACGACACUUUUGACCUACUUGGACAACCGCUACCCCGAACUUGAGGGUGACGAGGCUCGUCGUGCUAUCUGGCUGCACAACCCUAAGUUGACCCAUACGCAUCAGUUGCGCAACGCUCUGAACAACAGCAAAGCGGACUAUCAUGAGAUCCUCCCAGCAUUUGAAAUACCCACAGUUGCUAGCGUUCUGAAAUUGUACCUUCUUGAACUGCCAGACUCUCUGGUUUCUUCGCAAGUCUACGAAAUCGUCAAAACUAUCUACUCGACUACCGCUCAUGAGACCACGGAAGAGGGGCGAAUUAAGGUCCUGCAAAGUACUCUUGGACAACUUCGUCUCGUCAACAUUGCCACGCUUGAUGCCAUCAUGACCCAUUUCACACGCUUGAUUGACUUGACCUCGGCCGAUGAACAGUAUAUUACCGCACUUGCACAGGUUUUGUCACCAUGCAUCCUUCGCCCUCGCACUGAGAGCAGUCUCACCAUGGAUGAGCGUCACAGCUACCGCCUGAUCCGUGAUCUGUUUGCUCACAAGGACACCAUCUUUGGCGAGUUGAAGCGCCAGUCCAGUGCGCUGGGAAUAUCAACUUCCAGUCGCCCUCGGGCAAUCAGUACCGAUGAGAGCAACCGACGUGCCGCCAUGGAGGCUCGCCAGCGCGCUAUUGUCAACCGCAGCCGGGCAACUAGCCCUUCAACCCGUCAACGGCAUCGUCGAGACCGUUCCAGUGGUGCUUCUGAGACUGGCCGAUUCCCAAUCAAUGUCAAUGUGGCCAGCCCAGCCGAUCGCCGAACCCCGGGCCGUGGCCCCAGUCUCGACGUUCCCGUCACGAAUGGAUCUCCUACUAGCGCCGAGCACCCUCCAACUGUGAACACCAAUGUCGCCGAGAUUGCAACUAAUGGUAGCACCGAAUCUCCGGCUUCGGCAGCUAUUACCAGUGACAGUGCCUCUUCAGGUUCUGAGAGCCCCUCUCCUCCCCCGGAGACCGUCUCAGAUGAUUCUCCUACCCCAACACCCACCCCAGCUGCUACAGCCACCGAAUUUGAAAAGCGUGCCUCCAUUCCUCGCUCCGUUGGUGGCCGGUACACUCGCAAGCCCGGCCUCGGAAGUCUAUCGAGCUUCCCGACCGGAGCUGCCGUCGGUGCCACGGGUACUGAUAGCAACCGCAGCAGCAUUGCCGAAAGCGAGCCCAAGGGCGUGACUCUGGAAGACAAGCCCAUGGAUGAUUAA